UUAUUUGUAAAAGACAACUUGUGAAAAGUUUGUUUACAUCUUUGCUUGGUUAUUGGUUUCAUUAAAAUUUCCCAGUUUUUGGCUUGGUUGUUUGGAUUGUUGAUUUCUAUUCUAAUUCCUUUGAAAAUACAUAAUUUCUGUCCAGGUUUAUUCAUCCUCUUGUUAUCAGCGAUCAGCGGCAAGUCCAAUUCCUGUAAUGUAAAAUUAAAAUUGUUUUUAUUUUAUCAAAGUUAUAAAUUGGUGAAAGACAUGGACGAGGAAAAAAUGAAACGAGCAGUACUGAAAAAAUUCAGAAAAGUAAUAAACGACAUCACCGUCGGGCCAAAUUCAUUUGAAAAGCUCGAGAUAAGCAAACAAUCUCCACCACAAAAAUCUAGUCCAAAGGUAGCUCAGAACAAUCUAAAAAGCAGCCCUCAUACUGAAAGAGGCAUCCCAUCAAGACAAUUUCUGAAAUUCUUGGAUUUAGAAAGGCAAUGGGAAGUUGGAAGUGCUCUGAACGAAAGAAUGAAUCGUUUCAAGCAAUUCAGUGUAGACUUAGAACAGCAACAACAGAAAUCUUGGCAAGAAACACAACAAUCCUUCAUAGCGGAUAUGGAAAGGCAAGAAAUGUAUAUUUUAGAAGCCAACCAACAGUACGACUUGAAACAGUCAUCUCAGCACGCUAAAUUGGCGCAACUAACACAAAAUGCUGUACAAAGAAUGUCUCAGAGGCAAGAAUUACUUAAAGAGAAAGAAAGACAGCGGCAAAUUUUAUCUGAAAAAAUAGAGAAAAUUAAAACUAAUCAACAAAAAUUUAGUAAUGAGUUUCAACAAAUUUUGGCCUUUCUUAAAACCUGUUCUGAUAGUGCCGAAUUGAAGACGUGUAAAGAUUUAGAUAUUACCUUGCUGAAAACAUUACCUGCAGAAAUUGAAGGUGUAUUAGAAAAAUGUAGAGCGGACAACAUUUCAAGCAUUACAGAUAAAGAUGUACAAAAAUCUGACGAAGUUGUGUCGAAAAUUAUUGAUUUUAAACAAAAAUUUAGGGCAGCAAUUGAAUAUAUUAAUAAAAAGAAAGAAGAAGCCGAAAUUGUUAUUGAGAACAAGCAAACAGCAGAAGCUAAUCCAGUCAGUUCUGAACAAAGGCCUACUCUUAGUCUUUUAAGCAACAAUGAAAAAAUUCCUGAUAAAUGUAUUGCCACUAAUGACUUUCAUGCCUAUAUAGACUUAAUAAAUUUUCAUGAAGAAUAUAAAAAGAGCUUUAGUGAAAUAGAAAAUGAUCCAGCACUGAAAAAUUUCCAAUUUCAGUGCAAAAAAGCUAUUAGAAUGCCUGUGAAUUCAUUAUCAGCAACUACUAGUGAACAUAUUAUAGACAAAUAUAGCAAACUGUAUAGUUUACUAACAGGACAACCUGUGACUGUCAGUGAGGGUAACAAAGAUAUAAACGCAGCAAGACAUCCUCAAGGAAUACGAUUUUGUAUGGAUCUUUUAGCUAAAGCAUUUGUGCAGCAAGGAGACCUAAUAAUAUCGAAUAACCCGGAAUCAGCUUUCUGUUACACCUCAGUCAUGUUAUCUUUAUGGAACGAUUUUCCUGAUUUUGGCAAACUUUCAUUAGCCUAUUUUUAUGAAUUGUGCCCUUACUUGGUACCACUUUAUUUUGCACAACAAGCUGGAGAAAGUGAUGAAGAGUUUUAUAAAAAAUUAGGAUACCAGUAUAGUGAUGGAAAAAUUGAAGAGCAAGACAAAUUUAUCAAGCGGAUGAGAGGUAUUAUGAAAUUAUAUUUUGCACUUAUGAUUGCAAAGCCCAAGCGAGGACAAAACGGAUCUCCCUUCAACCUUAAACAUGGUUGGAAAUGGUUAGCUUCAUUAUUACGGUUGGAACCACAAAUUAAUAUAGACCAACAAAUUGAUAUAACAGCAACUGCUCUGCGUGUAUUUUUGGAGACUGUUGGUUUUGAAAUGGAAGCCAGAUAUGGCAAAAUGUUUCAAAAAUUGCUGAUAAUAAUCAUUCAAGCAUUUUUACCAAAAUGUAAAGAUAAAUGUACUGGAGCGGCAGUGACACGAUUGGAAACAUUACUAGGCAAUUAUUUGCAAGAUAGAAAAUUUGAGAAGCCAAAUGGUUAUAGUGAAUAUGCAGAUUGGUAGAUCAAAAAAUAUAUAUAUGUUGUCUAGAUAUAAGUAUUCAAUUUUAUUUUAAAUUUUCCAAUUCAAGUCUCUAAGCUGUUGCAAUUGCUCAGUGACAGCAAAGACAAUAUUUUAAGCACAAAAUGUUUUUUACAAAUCAAAUCUUCAACUCAACUACUCGUAUUAUUAUUAAUAAUUAAAAGUCUUUUAUUUGGGUGACUGGCUACUUCCAAUUCGAUGCAACCUAUACUCCACUGUUCAUCAUUGUCCUGCUUUGUACCCGUCAAAAACAUAGUACCCUUUUGUUUGGGGCCUUUCAAUGGCACUUUGAAUUUAGCCAAGUUUUCCUCUACAUUCACAAAGUUUUCUUUAUUUCCCACAUCAAUCCUACCCUCCUUUAUCGGUUCCCCCAGUAAAGAUACGGCCCCUGGAUGUUUGCGGACUAGUUUCAUAGCUUCAUUGUAAAAGGGGGCUCCUUUGAUUUUGCUCUGCAUAUUGUCUCGCGCUAGGAAACCCAUAAUUAUUGUAGCUACACCUCCGAUAGCCCCAAUUUUUACUAGGGUCUGAUUACUGACUGUCAUUAAUUAUUGUGAAAUUAGAUUUUGAAUAAAAUAUUUUUUUAAUUUUUAAAUUAAAUUUAUUUUUGAAUUUUUUAGUGGUUAUGUUUG